UCUCAGCCUGGUGUCCUCACUCCACUGCUGCUGGAAUGAUUGGAUCUGUGUAGAACCCUAGCUGAGGACCCUGACCACGUCCCUCCUGGGUUGUUUUUCCUUCCUCCAGCAGUGUUUGGGAUCAUUUUUUCCACUGGACAGGAGGAAGAGUGCUGCUGCUGGUGCUGCUGCAGGGAGAUCUGAUCCGGAUCGUCCCCGAGCUGCCUUUCCUUACCUUUGAUAGAGCCUCAUCGGAGGAGCAGGAUGCUGUGGCUGAGGGUGUUGCUCCUGGGAUCCGUGUCGGUUUCUGUGGUGUUCGGGGUGCCUGAUGAUGCCAAACCCGAGCAGAGGGGAGUCAGCAGGACCAAACGCAGAGGGAACAUGGCACAGCUUGUCCUCAAGGGCCCCAAUGUGUGUGGAUCACGUCAGCAGACCUACUGCUGCCCUGGAUGGAAAACACUCACCGGUGGAAACCAGUGCAUCGUUCCGAUUUGCCGAAGUCCAUGUGGAGAUGGAUUUUGUUCCAGACCCAACAUGUGUACCUGCCCGAGCGGACAGAUCGCUUCGUCCUGCGGCUCCGUAUCAGGUCAACACUGCACCAUCCGCUGUAUGAACGGAGGAACAUGCGCCGAGGACAGCUGCAUGUGUCAGACAGGCUACACUGGAGCUCACUGUGGCCAGCCGAUCUGUGAGUCCGGGUGUCUGAACGGAGGGAGGUGUGUCACACCGAACCGCUGUGUCUGCACGUACGGAUUCACUGGUGCUCAGUGUGAACGAGACUACCGGACGGGUCCAUGUUUUGCCACCGUGAGUAACCAGAUGUGUCAGGGCCAGCUGUCCGGUAUCGUGUGCACUAAGACCCUGUGCUGUGCGACGGUGGGCCGAGCCUGGGGUCACCCCUGUGAGCAGUGCCCCGCCCAACCUCAACCCUGCCGCCGGGGAUUCAUCCCAAAUCAUCGCACCGGAGCCUGCCAGGACGUGGACGAGUGCCAGGCCAUUCCUGGUCUGUGCCAGGGUGGAAACUGCAUUAACACGGUGGGUUCGUUCGAGUGUAAGUGCCCCGCCGGGCACCGAUUCAACGAGAUCAGCCAGAAGUGUCAAGAUGUGGACGAGUGUUCCACUAUCCGAGGGUUGUGCAGUGGAGGCGAAUGUUCCAACACCAUUGGGAGCUACGUGUGUAGAUGUUCUGCAGGAUACGUCACUGCUCUGGAUGGAUCACGCUGCAUCGAUGCCCAUCAAGGAUUCUGCUUUGAUAGCAUUAUUGCUAACCGCUGCGCCAACCAGAACUCUCAGCGCAUGACCAAGACCCAGUGCUGCUGCACCACGGGACGCUGUUGGGCCAGAAACACGGUCCCCGAGGCUUGCCCCAUCCAGGGAACAGAGGAGUACCAGAUAUUGUGUCAACAGGUCCAGCCCCUGGGUCCCUGGGGUCCUGACAUUAGUGGACCUGACCCAUUUCCUGGCCUCCCGAGACCAGUCGGUCCUGUCAUUCCUGGACCAGGUGGACCUUUCAUAACUGGACCAGGUGGACCUUUCAUAACUGGACCAGGUGGACCUGUCAUUACUGUACCAAUUGGUCCUGGCUUACCUGGGCCGAUUGUACCACCACUGCGUGUAAGACCAGACCUGCUUAACAUCUCAAACCUGUGUGAAACCGUGACCAACCUGUGUUUGAACGGACGCUGCAUUCCGACCCCUGGAAGUUACCGCUGCGAGUGCAACAUGGGCUUCCGCCUGGAUGACCGCAGUGCCUGUAUCGACGAGGACGAGUGUGAUCGUGGUCCGUGUGUACACGGUCAGUGCAUCAACAUUCCCGGUUCCUACUACUGCCAGUGUCCUCCCGGCUUCCAGGCCACGGCCACUAGAACUGAGUGCAGAGACGUGGACGAGUGUGUUGCUAACGGACGCAUCUGUAAUAACGGACGGUGUGUGAACACAGACGGCAGUUUCCACUGUGUGUGUAACGCCGGGUUUGAGCUCACCGCUGAUGGCAAAAACUGUAGAGAUAUGGACGAGUGUAAGAUCAAUAACAUCUGUCUGAACGGGAUGUGCAUCAACGAUGACGGCAGCUUCAAGUGCAUCUGCAAACCCGGGUUCCAGCUCGACGUCACCGGGCGUUUCUGUUUGGACAUGGAUGAGUGUGGGACCACAGGAAUGUGUAUGAACGGACGCUGUGUGAACACCGAGGGCUCGUACAGGUGUGAGUGUAUGCCCGGACUGGCCGUGGGUCUGGACGGGCGCACGUGUCUGGACACACACAUGCGCAGUACCUGUUACGGUGGGUAUAAGCGUGGGCAGUGUGUGCACCCAUUAUUCGGUGCCCUGACUAAAUCUGGGUGCUGCUGUGCAAACCCGGAGUACGCGUUCGGAGAACCAUGCCAACCGUGCCCACCUCAGACCUCAGCUGAGUUUGCCGCCCUGUGUCCAAGUGGAGUUGGUACCACCACUGAUGGCAUAGAUAUUAACGAGUGUGCACUGAAUCCCGACAUCUGUCCGAACGGCAAGUGUGAGAACAUGCUGCGAACCUACAAGUGUAACUGUAAUCAAGGGUACGAGGUGGACCUGGCGGGGAAACAGUGCAUCGAUGUGGACGAGUGUUUGAGGAACAGGUUCCUGUGUGAGAACGGUUUUUGCAGGAACACUCCGGGCAGCUUCACCUGCCAGUGUUUGGAUGGUUUCAUCUUCCAGCCUGAGACGGAAGUGUGUGAGGAUAUUAACGAGUGCCUGUCGAACCCCUGUGUGAAUGGAAACUGUAGAAACAACGUGGGCAGCUUCACCUGCGAGUGUUCCACCGGGAGCACACUGGACGUGACCAAGACUCAGUGUAUCGAGACGAGUAAGAGUACGUGUUGGUUGAAGGUGGUGAACAAUAUGUGUGAGGUCAACAUUAAUGGAGCGACGCUGAGGUCGGAGUGCUGCGCUACACUCGGUGUAGCGUGGGGGUCACCGUGUACACAGUGUGAACCAGAUUUACACUGUCCAAGAGGACACAGCCGAGGAAAAGGAACAGUGUGUCAAGAUGUGGACGAGUGUGUGGUGUUUCCCGGUGUGUGUAUCAACGGGAAGUGUGUGAACACGGCCGGAUCGUUCUACUGUCAGUGUCCUACUGGAAUGACCAUCGACUCAUCUGGGAGAACCUGCAUCGAUCUGCGUACCGAGCAGUGUUUCCUAUCUCAUGUGGACGAGCGAUGUGGAGCGCCCAUCCCCGGGCGCCACCGUGUGGAGGCCUGUUGCUGUUCAGUGGGCGUGGCCUGGGGUCCAGAGUGUGACGAGUGUCCUGAAAAAAACACAGAAGAAUUUACCCGGCUGUGCCCUCGAGGUCCGGGGUUCUCUCACCGCGGCGACUUCAUCAACGGAAAGCCCUUCCUUAAAGAUAUAAACGAGUGUAAGAUGAUCCACAACCUCUGUACCAACGGGAAGUGCAGGAACACCAUCGGCAGUUUCCGCUGCAAGUGUAACAGUGGCUUCGACCUGGACUCCACCGAGAGGAACUGUACAGACAUCGAUGAGUGUGCCAUCUCCCCGGAUCUGUGUGGUCACGGCACGUGUGUGAACACGGCGGGUGAUUUCGAGUGUGAGUGUUUCCCCGGGUACGAGAGUGGAGUCAUGAUGAUGAAGAACUGCAUGGAUAUUGAUGAGUGUGAGGUAAACCCUCUGCUCUGUCGAGGUGGUGAUUGUAUCAACAGUGAGGGAAGCUUCCAGUGUGUUUGUCCAAUCGGUCAUCAGGUCUCUUCUGACGGAACCGCCUGCCUCGACAUUAAUGAGUGUGAGUUGAGUGAUAAGCUCUGUAGGAACGGACAGUGUGUGAACAUGAUUGGACGAUAUCAGUGUUCCUGUAACACCGGCUACAAAUCUACUGAGGACCUAAUUUCCUGCGUUGAUAUUGAUGAAUGUACCAUCCUGAACGGAGGCUGUGAAACCACCUGUACCAACUCAGAGGGCAGUUACGAGUGUAGCUGUCGCCGUGGAUACGCACUGAUGCCUGACCAACGCAGCUGUACCGACAUCGAUGAGUGUGAGGAGAGUCCGGAUAUCUGCGACGGCGGUCAGUGCACAAACAUUCCUGGCGAGUACCAGUGUCUCUGCUACGAUGGGUUCAUGUCCUCCGAAGAUAUGAAGACCUGCCUGGACGUGGACGAGUGUGACCUGAACCCGAACAUCUGUCUGAGCGGGAAGUGUGAGAACACCAAAGGAUCGUUCAUCUGUCACUGCGAGCUCGGCUACUCUGUCAGGAAAGGAACCACCGGCUGUACAGACAUUAACGAGUGUGAGAUCGGAGCUCAUAACUGCAACAGACAUGCAACCUGCACCAACAUGGCCGGCAGCUUCAAAUGCAGCUGUGCACCGGGGUGGAUCGGAGACGGGAUCGUGUGCACAGAUCUGGACGAGUGCACUAACGGCUCACACCAGUGCAGCUCUAAUGCAGUGUGUAAGAACACCAUGGGCUCGUACCGCUGCAUCUGUAAGGAAGGAUUUACUGGGGACGGUUUCUUCUGUACAGACGAGGACGAGUGUGCGGAGAACGUGAACCUGUGUGAGAACGGUCACUGUCUGAACGUUGUUGGAGGUUACAGGUGUGAGUGUGAUAUGGGCUUCAUGAAAACACAAGACGGACAAGCAUGUAAAGACGUUGAUGAAUGUUUGUUUGCUGAUGUCUGUGUGAACGGGCGGUGCCGGAACCUCCCCGGUCUGUUAAGGUGUGAUUGCAAUGUCGGCUACGAACUGGACCGCAGUGGAUUAAACUGUACAGAUGUGAACGAGUGUGCCGACCCCACCGCCUGUAUCAGCGGGUUCUGUGUGAACACUGCAGGUAGCUACAUCUGUAACUGCCCCCCGGACUUCCAGCUCAACCCCACAGGAGUCGGCUGUGUAGACACCCGCUCCGGUAACUGCUAUCUGGACGUGCGUUCCCGUGGCGACUCCGCCGAAAGUUUGGACUGUUCCAAUGAGAUCGGAGUGGGCGUGUCCAAAGCCUCCUGCUGCUGCUCAUUAGGAAAAGGCUGGGGAACUCCGUGUGAGGCCUGUCCACUACUCAACUCCUCCGAGUAUAAAUCUCUGUGUCCCGGUGGAGAGGGGUUCAGACCAAACCCCAUUACUGUUAUAAUGGAGGACAUUAACGAAUGUCAGGAGUUACCGGGUCUGUGUCAGGGAGGAAACUGCAUCAACACCUUCGGCAGCUUCCAGUGUGAAUGUCCUCGAGGAUUCGCUCUGAAUGAAGAUACCAGAGUGUGUGAAGAUGUGGACGAGUGUGAGAGACCUGGGAUCUGUGGUCCUGGUCAGUGCUACAACACCAUCGGAAACUACACCUGCAUCUGUCCUCCAGAUUACAUGCAGGUCAAUGGAGGAAACAACUGCAUGGAUAUGAGGCGGAGUCUGUGUUACAGAAACUAUUACCCCGAGAACGCCACGUGCGACGGCGAGCUCACGUUCAACAUGACGAAGAAAAUGUGCUGCUGCUCCUACAACAUCGGCCGAGCCUGGAACAAACCGUGUGAACUGUGUCCUACACCCAGCACCAACGAGUUUGCAGUGCUGUGUGGAAGUGAAAGACCCGGGUUUGUCAUCGAUAUCUACACUGGACAAGUGAUCGAUAUCGACGAGUGCCGGGAGAUCCCAGGAGUGUGUGAAAACGGAGUGUGUAUCAACAUGAUCGGGAGUUUCCGCUGCGAGUGUCCGAUGGGUUUCGUCUACAAUGACCGACUGCUCAUCUGUGAAGAUAUAGACGAGUGUCAGAACGGGCCGGUGUGUCAGCAGAACGCCGUGUGUCUGAACCUAGCCGGCGGAUAUCGCUGCGAGUGCGAGCGAGGGUACAGGCUCAGCCCCACCGGACAGUGUCUCGAUCGUAACGAGUGUAACGAGAACCCCAGCGUGUGUAGCCCGGGUACGUGCAUCGAUCUGAAGGGAACGUAUCGGUGCCUGUGUCCCAACGGCUACAAGUCGGCCGGGACUCCUCCCAUGUGCAUCGAUGUUGAUGAGUGUGAACGACAGCCAUGUGGUAACGGAACCUGUAAGAACACUGUGGGUUCCUACACUUGCCUCUGCUACCCAGGAUUCCAACUGUCUCACAACGACGACUGUAUCGAUGUGGACGAGUGUAGUUUACAGAGAGGACUGUGCCUGAAUGGGAACUGCAUCAACGUGGUGGGAUCGUUUGUGUGCCUGUGUAACGACGGGUAUGAGCUCUCUCCAGACGGCAGGGUGUGUGUGGAUGUUAACGAGUGCGAUAUAAAUCCUGGGAUCUGUAAUCCAGGAACCUGCCAGAAUCGGGAUGGUUCCUACCUCUGUAUCUGCCCUCCAGGAUACUUCCUCAUCAACGAGAGAUGUGAAGAUAUCGAUGAAUGUGUGGAUCCAGAUAACUGUCUGUACGGAACCUGUGAGAACACAGCCGGCAGCUACAAGUGUGAAUGUCCUCCAGGGUUCCAGCUCUCCUCGUCCGGGAAGAGGUGUUUAGACAGGAGAAAGAGUUUGUGUUUUACCAAGUUCGAGAACGGUCGCUGUUCCACUCCCAAACCGUUCAACACCACUAAAGGAGACUGCUGCUGCAGCGCCAUGCCUGGUCAGGGCUGGGGUGACCCCUGUGAACUGUGUCCCAGCAGACCUUCUGAGGCCUUUACUAAGCUCUGUAAUAACGUGGGACUGGUGAGCGGACCGGAGGACCAACCCGAGGACACAGACGAGUGUAAGGAGGCGUACCUCUGCCAUAACGGCGAGUGUAUCAACACCGACGGCUCGUUCCGCUGCGAAUGUGACGUGGGCUACACCAUCGACUGGUUCGGCUUCAACUGCACAGACCACGAUGAGUGCAGUGUGGGGAAUCCGUGCGGUAACGGGACCUGCACUAACGUGAUCGGAGGCUUCGAGUGCACGUGCGACGAGGGAUUUGAACCCGGACCCAUGAUGACCUGCGAAGAUCUGAACGAGUGUACCCAGAAUCCUCUGCUCUGCGCCUUCCGCUGCGUCAACACCUUCGGAUCGUACGAGUGUAAAUGUCCAACAGGAUACGUACUGAGGGAGGACGGCAGGAUGUGCAAAGAUCAGGACGAGUGUGAGGAGGGUCUGGAUGACUGUGACUCGAGGGGUAUGAGCUGUAAGAACCUGAUUGGAACCUACAUGUGCAUCUGCCCAGUGGGAUACACCCGCAGACCUGGAGGAGAGGGCUGCAUGGAUCUAAACGAGUGUACAGCGAAGCGGCGAGUGUGUGAGAACGGACGCUGUGAGAACACUUUGGGAAGCUACAAAUGUUUAUGUGAUGAAGGAUUCCUGCCCAGUUCCACCCUCACCGAGUGUAUCGAUAACCGGCAGGGCUUCUGCUUCACCGAGGUUCUGCAGACCCUCUGUCAGAUGGGUUCUUCUAACAGAGUGAGCGUGAGUAAAUCAGAGUGCUGCUGUGACGGGGGGCGCGGAUGGGGUCCCAACUGUGAGAUAUGCCCACUUCCUGGGACCACGCAGUACAAGAAAAUGUGUCCACGUGGUCCUGGAUACACCACCGACGGACAAGAUAUCGAUGAGUGUAAGGUGAUGGGGAAUCUGUGUAAGAAUGGACAGUGUAAGAACACAAUCGGUUCCUACAAAUGCAUCUGCAAUCCUGGAUACACAACUGACAUCACCGGCACCGUCUGCAUUGACGUGGACGAGUGUGUUCAGGCCCCUAAACCGUGUAACUUCAUCUGUAAGAACAUCGAGGGGGGGUACGUGUGCUCCUGUCCUCGAGGUUACAGCCUGCAGGAAGAUCGCAAGAGCUGCAGAGAUCUGGACGAAUGUUCCACUAAGCAGCAUAACUGUCAGUUCCUGUGUGUGAACACCAUCGGUGGAUUCACCUGCAAGUGUCCUCCGGGAUACACACAGCAUCACACAACCUGCAUCGAUCAUAACGAGUGUACGUCCGAGCCAGGUCUGUGUGGUCCUAACGGGGUGUGUCAGAACAGUCCGGGCAGCUUCAGCUGUGAAUGUCAGAGGGGAUUCUCACUGGACCAGGCCGGCCAGCGGUGUGAAGAUCUUAACGAGUGUGAUGGGGAUCAUCGAUGCAACCACGGAUGUCAGAAUCUGAUUGGUGGAUUCAGGUGCGGCUGCCCGAGCGGCUUCCUGCAGCACUACCAGUGGAACCAGUGUGUAGACGAGAACGAGUGCCAGGGCGGGCAGGUGUGUGGCGGCGCCUCGUGCCAUAACACACUGGGCAGUUUCCGGUGUUUGUGUCCGAGCGGCUUCUCGUACGCACAGAGGGGCGGCGGCUGUGAGGACGUGAACGAGUGCUCGUCCUCUCAGAACCCCUGCACAUUCGGCUGCUCCAACACCGACGGGGGCUUCCUGUGUGUGUGUCCACCGGGGUACUACAGAGCCGGUCAGGGGCACUGUGUAUCAGGUGUGGGUUUCAGCAGUAGUAGCAGUGGUUCCUCAGCAGAAGAAGAGGAGAACUCUCUCUCCCCUGAAGCUUGUUACGAGUGUAAGAUCAACGGCUAUCCCAGAAAAGGGCGGAGCCGGCGCAGCACCAACACUACAGAGGAACACAACACACAGGAGGAGCAGGAGGCGAGUGGCUCGGCCAGCGUGGACGUGGACGACUUCAUCCGCUUCAGCCUGAACCUCAGUGAGCUGAGCUCUACAGAUCACAUCAUGGACUUCCUGCCGGCCCUGUCCACCCUGAGGAACCACGUCCGGUACUCCAUCCACGCCGGGAACGACGCCGGGCUCUUCCGGCUCAGCCAGCGGGACGGCGUCAGCUUCCUGCACCUGUCCAAAAGCAAACAGCACCUCCUGCUGCCCGGGACGUACUCCUUACACAUCAGCGGCGCUCCUCUGUACCAGCAGGAGGAGCUGGAGGAGCUGGAGAACGUCCAUGAUAAAGACUACCUCAGUGGAGAGCUGGGAGACACGCUACACGUUCACCUGCGCAUCCACCUCCAUUAGCUUCACGCUAACACCAGCAACAAAGAACUCCGCCCGCUCUGACCAAAGAUCUCUCCACAUCAAAGAACUCCGCCCACUUCAAACAAAGAUCUCUCCACAUCAAAGAACUCCGCCCACUUCAAACAAAGAUCUCUCCACAUCAAAGAACUCCGCCCACUUCAAACAAAG